CAGGCUGCUGCUGCCAACAACCAGAGUUCUCAUUCCUAAGGGAUGGAAAGAGGUGACGGAGGCCACAGCCAGCUCCUCCCUGUUCAGCACUGAAGGCACACAGCGCAACGCCGGGGCAGGCGGCGGUGGAAAGCUGGAGGCGUGGCGGGUGGCAGGCAGAGGAGAGCGGACUGCCGGUGUGGGGAGAGAGACUCUGGACGUGGUGGGCCAUGGCUGAGGCGCGGCAGUUCCUGGUUUACCCAGUGGUAGCCAUCUGUCUCCUUCUCCCUGGGGUGGCUACAACCCCACAACACGCAGGGCAGCCCCCGCACAGCACCAGCAUGGGAGGUGGUCUGCAGGAGCCAGCGGCCCCGGAAGUGAUGUUUGAGCUGCUCUGGGCCGGGCUGGAGCUGGAUGUCAUGGGGCAGCUGCGCAUCCAGGAUGAGGAACUAGCGUCCACACGUCCCGGCCGCCGACUUGGGCUCCUCCUGCAGCACCGAGUGCCCAGCGACUUGGAGGCUGCCGAGCAGCGGCUACAGCAGCUCCAGGACCUGCGCAAGGGGCCUCCUCUUAGCCCUUGGGACUUUGAACAGCUGCUCCUCACGGGCCUCUCCUGUGUCUACCGGCUCCACGCAGCCAGUGAGGCCGAGGAGAGGGGUCGCUGGGCCCAGGUCUUUGCCCUCCUGGCACAGGAAACACUGUGGGACCUGUGCAAGGGAUUCUGCCCCCAGGGCCAGCCCCCAACACUGGUGCCCUGGGCUUCCGUCCUUGACCCCUUCCCUUGACCCUUCCCUUUCACCUGCCACUCCCCUCCCCCACCUCCCAUCACCACCACCACCUGUGCCAGACCCAUCCCCAGCACGGGCUUCCAUGUGGCACCUUGUUCAGAUCUCUGGGUGUGGCUUGCAUCCUCUGCUGCAGCUCUCUGCUUGUCCCACCCCACCUUGUCCCCUGCACCCUGACAGGCUAAGAGCCCAGGUGACAGGCACAGAGCAAGGGGCAGGACAUGUAGGCUGAGAAGUAAGAUUGAGAUGCUGGAAGGGAAGCUGCCCCCAAGUAGGGCCGGGUUGCACUCUCCAACUCCCACCCAGGCAGUGUGGGCCAGGUCUUGAGGCAUCCCUGGGACCCCCUCCUCCUUUAGAUACCCCCUUCAAAGCCCAGCCAAAGCUCUGGGGUUUCUGAGCCUCUGAGCUUCCCAUGGAUUGGAUUGGGGGGAUUCUGUCUGUUGGAAGACCAGAGAGAAUUGGGCAAAGGAACACUACCUCUUUGGGGAGGGGGCUGUCUUUUGGUCCAUGUCAGCAAGCAAGUCUCGAGAGGAUGGAGAGAGACCAGCUGGGGUACACGUAGCCCGCUUGUGUGUGGCCCUUCCAUAAAAUGCCCUGUUCUGG